CUAAAUAAAUAUAAUAUUCGAAAUUAAACAAAUAAAUAUUAUUUAUAAAUCAAAAUAAUCUUGAGUUGAGGAGGUUAGCUGAAGAGGAGGGAAAUAAAUCCAGUGUAGGAAAGAGUGGAGGAAAAAAAGAGGCACCGAGCAGCCCAUAAUAACCCCAUUAUAAGCCUCAUCAAUGAUGUAAUGAAAGCAAACAGUGUGAAAAUUGCCUGUAAACAGUUGGAUCUGAGUCUCCUGAUGAAUUCAGUGUCUCUUUUAUCAAAGUGAGGACGAGCCAGAGAGGGGAGGCAGGCAGGCAGGAAGGGGAGGGUGAUAGGCAGCCGGAGUUAGGGGGCGUGUAGGGAGGUCCACUCCAGCCUCCCUCAGCCAAUGAAGGCUUGUCACAGGGGACUCACGUGGACCGGGCGCUCUUAAAACCUAGCUUCUGACUUUUCCUCAAGUUCAAUUUUUUGGGAUUCCCUCCCACCCCAAUCACAUCUCGUCCUUUAACUCACCACUUCUGACUAUUUAACCCAGUUUACCUCCCUCCCCCCCCUCUUCUUUUUUUUCCUCCGCGCCUUGCUCUCCGCUUCCUCCUGCAGCUCCUGGACGCUUUUCUCUCAUCCGGCUUUUUGAGAAGGUUUUUCUGGAAGGAUGCAUGAAGGGCUGCCCUGAAGAUCAUCUCCCUGCGCCUGACGCUGUCCAUGGUGCUGACGCGCCGAAGACUCCAGCUGCUGCUGCCUCUCCCAAAGUCUUCCUCUGGGUUUUUUCCUCAUUAGGUGCUCCGUCUUUCUGAACUUCAGGCUGCAGUCUCUGCGUCUCCGACUCACCAAAACGCAGGAAGAUCGGAUUGACUUCUGCAACCGCGCUGGAAAUAUUUCAUUCACAAAUAGUAGAGAGACCGAAUGAGUUUGUUUGAUGCGUAAAAACUCCAGAAGUGCGCGUGCUGCGGCGGAGCCGUGCCCCGUCCUCAGGAUCAUCUCAGUCUAAAAACCACCUCCUUCCUCCCCGAACCAAAACUUGUCCAAAUGGUCAUUUGAGGAGGCCUCAUCACAGCUAUGGAGGCGUCCGCCAAUGGGUCCAGUUUUGGCAUCGACUCGCUGCUGUCGCACAGGCCCGGGAGCCCCGUGUCCAAGGGGGACAGCCUGGCGGGGGAGUGCCGCUCACCUCUGGAGUUCAGCCCCAGAUCCGACGCGGAGAGCGGCUGCUCGUCGCCGCCGUCUCCGAGGAGGGAGUGCGUGGAGGAGGCGGCGCAGAGGCAGGCGCACGGCGUGCCUCUGCCGCCGCACCUCCAGCACGCGCAGAUCUCCGCCGGGUCGCAGCAGAGGACCGUGACCUCGUCGUUCCUCAUCAGAGACAUUCUCGCGGACUGUAAGCCUCUGGCCGCGUGCGCGCCCUACUCCAGCAAUGGACAGCCGACCCAGGAGGCGGGAAGGCUGGCCGCAAAGAUAGCGGACGACUUUAUGGAGAAAAUCCACAGCAACUCCUCGUCUGACAGUGAAUAUAAAGUGAAGGAGGAGGGGGACAGGGAGAUCUCCAGCAGCAGAGACAGCCCGCAGGUCCGGCUGAAGAAGCCCAGGAAGGCCCGCACGGCCUUCACGGACCACCAGCUGGCGCAGCUGGAGCGCAGCUUCGAGCGCCAGAAGUACCUGAGCGUGCAGGACCGCAUGGAGCUGGCGGCUUCUCUGAACCUCACCGACACGCAGGUCAAGACCUGGUACCAGAACCGGAGGACAAAGUGGAAGCGGCAGACGGCGGUGGGGCUGGAGCUGCUGGCGGAGGCCGGGAACUACUCGGCGCUGCAGCGGAUGUUCCCGUCCCCGUACUUCUACCCGCAGAGCCUGGUCUCCAACUUGGACCCCGGGGCGGCCCUCUACCUGUACAGGGGCCCCUCGGCGCCCCCGCCGGCUCUACAGAGACCGCUGGUUCCGCGGAUCCUGCUUCACGGCCUGCAGGGAGGCAGCGAGCCGCCGCCCGCGCCGCCGCCGCUGCCCCCCAUGUCCGGCGUGCUGCCCCGGCCGGCGCAGCAGCGGUGAGCGCGGCGCGCUGGACUCCUUUCCAUUUGUUACGCAGGAAGCAAAACAACAAGACAGAGACAGAAAAAGAGAAUAAAAGAAAGAAAAGUAACAGUCGAAGAAGAGAAAAAAGAAUCGACCUUUAUAUGAAACAAACUGCAGGCCGAGGAGGAGGAGGAGGAGGAAGAGGAGGAUGGACACAGCCUUCAGAACCAGAUUAUGGAUGUUUUUCAUUUCAGUUUUUUUUUUCUUUUUUUGUUCCAGAGAACUUUAUUUAUAAGUUAUUUAUUUUUCGAUAUGAAUCAAAGCAUCUAAGUUAUGUAUUUAUUUAAACCCAGACUCAGUAUUAAGCGAUUUUCCCAGCAGGCGCAGCUGUUGGAGGCACUUUGACCCACAGUUCAGGACGAUUAUUAUUAUUACUAUUAUUAUUAUUAUUAUUAUUAUUAUUAUUAGGUUGUUUUUGCUCACUUAAAUUGUCAAAAUAAAGAUUUUUAGUCAUUUUUUCUUAUGAAUGCCCCCUUAGGUUCACCAACAAAUAUAUUCAGAUUAUUUACUUUUUUGUUUUUUACAAAAAUCUUCUAAUUUUUGUGGUAAAAUUAUGAAUUUUUGGCACUAUUUUUGAACCAACCUAAAGCAAAAAUAAUAAUAAUAAAAGUAAUAUUAUUAGAUGGAGACCUGAACCCGGUUUGAAACAAAUUAAGCUAUGAAGUCUCAGAAUUAGUUUUAUCUGGAAAAAAUUCCUUCUUUUUCCUUUUUUAAAACUCUUUUUACUGUUUUUCCUUCUUCUGAAGAGCGCGCGCUCGUGUCCGCGCGCACCUGUUGAUCCGCUCUCGUUGUAUUUGACCAGACGUUGUGAUUUCCUCAUGUUAUUUCAUAUGAAGCUGUGAUAACUCCUAAUUGUAAUACUCUACUUUGGUGAAAAUGUAUAUUGCAGAUAUCAAACUUGUGGAGUGUUUUUUCGUAAAUUUCCUGACUCUUUUAUUUUUUUUUUCCUUUCGCUCUUCUAGCUUCCUCAAAUCCUCCAACCAAUUUUGUCAGGUUAUUAUUAUUAUUAUGAUUAUUUUUAUUUUUUAGCGAUGUUUACAGGCAAAAAAGAUGGACAGAAAAUAAUGGAGGAUUUGAUGUAAAAGAGAAUUACUUUUUAUAAAUGUGGAAAUAAAAGUCUUUCUUUUAACCA